AUCUUGUUUUAACACCAUGUGGGUUUAAACAGCCGCUGUGUUGCUGUCAACGUUGCUGAUAAACGUUGCAUUUAGGCAUCAGUGAGUUUCACCAGCUACCCGAGAUGACCUGAAAAUAGCGUCUUUGUUGAAAACUGUUCUUGUGACGACUAAGGAUUACAUUUUUGUCACUAACUGAGAACAGUCAAGUGGGAGUUUACAUUUUAGCUGAGUUAGCUAGCUGUGUAGUUGUGUGUGUGUGUGUGUGUGUGUGUGUAUUUGUAGCAUGAAUGAUGGAGACUGAAUUAAACUCCGUUUUAGCCGUAGAUUAGAAGGUUUUUAGGGGCGGAGUUUGUGCUGUUUGGGUGCCAGCAGUGUACACGAGAUCCGGGGGCUCCAGUUGGACUAUGACAUCUGUCCGACUGCUGUCAGUGGACCCGUCAGACCGGGGCUCUCAGAGAUGCAGACUGGGUCCAGGUCUGAUGUCCGCUCUGGGUCUGGGUCUGGGGUCCCCUCUGCUGCUGUCUGUUCCUGGUGGGAGCUGCCUGUGCACCGCCUGGCCCCGCUCUGAUCUCACCGAAGGCUUCCUGCAGCUGGACCUGAAGUGCUGCUCUCCAGGCCUGACCCUCCCCAACACCCCCACACACCUAGACCUGGACCAGCUCUCCCCAGUCCCCUGCCCCAAACUGAAGGGCCUGAAGAUAACAGUAGUGGUCCAGGGGUCAGACUUUAAGAAGAACACCCCCCCUCGUGUUAUCCAUGAGCUGGUAAAGGACAUGAUGAGAGGAGUGUAUGUCCACAGGAGUCAUGUGAUAAACUUUGAGGAUUUUGACACAGAAAUUCGAUAUGCUGUCAUUGAAAGCAUCACUCCAGAUUCCACCUGUAGUGGACUUAUCACCUCAAAGACUGCUUUGGAGAUCACAGGCAUUCAGACUCUCAAGUACUAUGAGAGUGGAUUGCAAGACCAGAACCUGGUGCCACUGGGGGGUCUAGAGGAGGUCAGUUUGUCGCUCACAGAGAUGCUGCGGCUGCCUCUGCUCUAUCCACACACUCUGGGCUCUCUGGGCUUGUCCUGUCCCAGAGGUGUCCUCCUGGUGGGGCCUCCAGGCGUCGGUAAGACCCAGCUGGUCCGCAGAGUGGUGGGGGAGGUGGGAGCCAGCCUGGUAGUGGUCAUGGGGCCAGAGGUGGUGGGAUCGAGGCCUGGUGAAAGUGAGGAGAAACUCCGUGCAGUUUUUGAACGAGCCCGUUCUGCAGCCGAUGAGGGUCCCUGUGUGCUUUUCUUGGACGAGCUGGACUCUCUGUGCCCGAGGAGAACCGCCACCACCGCAGCAGAAAACCGCCUGGUCGCCCAGCUGCUCACGCUCAUGGACGGGAUGACCAGGUCUGACCGAUUCCUCAUUGUGGGCGCCACCAAUCGGCCGGACAGUUUGGACCCAGCGCUGCGUCGACCCGGGAGAUUCGACCGAGAGGUCAUCAUUGGAGCUCCCACGUUGCAGCAAAGGAAGAAUAUUUUAUCAGUUCUGUGUGAGAGGAUGCCGGUGUAUCCCAGCGUGGACCUGGAGGAGCUCGCACAAAGGACGCUGGGAUAUGUAGGAGCAGACCUCAGCGCUCUGUGCAGGGAAGCCGCCAUGCACGCCAUACGAGAAACCACCAAGUGUUCAGUAGAACAGACUGUUGGGAUGAAACACUUCUACGAGGCCCUGAAGUCCGUGCGUCCGUCCUGUCUGAGGAGCAGCCUGGCUCGUACUGACGUCUGUCCAGUGUCCUGGGAACAAAUCGGAGGCCUGGACGACAUCAAACUCAAACUACGACAGAGUAUCGAGUGGCCUAUGAGGUUCCCUGAAGCGUUCGGACGUCUGGGUCUGUCCGGGCCUCGUGGCGUGCUGCUGUACGGACCGCCGGGCUGCGCUAAAACCACGCUGGUCAGAGCUGCAGCCGCCUCGUCUCACUGCUCCUUCCUGUCUGUGAGCGGCGCUGACCUGUACUCGCCCUACGUAGGAGACUCGGAGAAGGCCUUAGCUCAGCUUUUCCGUCAGGCCCGCUCCUGCACACCCUGCAUACUGUUCCUCGACGAGAUCGACUCUCUGAUUGGCUCGCGGUCGAACAGCCAAUCACCAAACAGCAUCCAGACACGCCUCCUGUCCGUGCUUCUGAACGAGAUGGACGGAGUCGGCCUGAAGGUGUCGGAGAGGAGGGGCACGGAGAAGGUCCUGCAGGCGGAGGGGGUGGAGGAGGGUCCCAGCCCUCAACAGUUGGACUAUGAGGACGUCUGCAACGCAGAUGUGAUGGUCGUCGCGGCGACCAACAGACCUGACUGUUUAGACAGCGCUCUGCUCAGACCAGGCAGGUUGGACCACAUCAUCUACGUCCCACCACCGGACCACACGGGUCGUCUCUCUAUCCUGAAAAUCUGCACAGAAUCGAUGCCUAUCGCUGCCGACGUACGUCUGGAGGAACUGGCAUCAAAAACCAAUCUGUACUCUGGAGCCGAUCUGGAGAACCUGUGCAGAGAGGCUGCUCUACUGGCUCUACAGGAUGAGAACAUGAAGGCGUCUCAGAUCAGACACGCCCACUUCACCAGGUCUCUGAGUCACAUGACGCCUUCUCUGACCGAGCGGCAGAUCCACAUGUACCAAACUCCUCCCACAUGAUCAGCACGACCCCAACCCGGAACCCCCACAGAACACAACAGAACCAAACAGAACACAACACAACCGCUUAUUUUAUUACAACAAACGGGUUUGGAAUAAAAUGAGUCC